GGUGCUUGUUUGUAGAAAACAAAGUCCUUGUUAGUGUCGUUAAACCUUAUUUUAUGAGACAUCAUAUACACCUAAUAAUGUCUGUGAAGGUUAAUAACUAAAACUCCUGUUAUAAUAAAUUAAAUUUGAAUGGUUUCCUAGGGAAUUAGUCUGACAUUUUAGGCUCAGUUACAGUUCAUAGAUCUACGUCUGUUAAUGUUAGACUAUUGUAGUCGGCGGAAAAAUGCUCAAAAAUAUUUUCUUUUAAAUAGAUUAUUUAUUUCUUCAUGUGAUUUCCAUGAAGACUUUUGUGUGAGUCGUAUUGAGAGUGUAAGUCGGCGUCGUGGUGUGGUGGUAGCGAGUGUUAGCGACGACGGCACCUGGGCGGCAGCUUGGGUGGCAGGCGGCGACUUGUACCUCUACAGAGCUCGGGGAGCGUCAUUUCCGCUGCCACAGGAGACGCAGACACAGCUGCGUCACUUGGGUGUGCGAGGUGUGGGUGUGAGCGGGGCGGCGCCCAGCCUGGAGCAGCGAGCACAGAAGGAGGCAGCUGACCGUCGUAGGUCAGCCAUGGAGAACCAAGCGGCGCUUCUCCAGCAGAAGCUCUCCAAACUUAAGUGGGACUUCAAAAAACUAACUCUAAGAGCCGAUGAAAUUGACGGAGGCCGAACAUUGUUGGAGGAACUGCCGCUGCACCCCACCAUUACCUCGGCUCUUCACCAGCACACCACCAGUAACAUGAACCAGGCGGCUACAUCAGUUGUCAACAGCCAUUUUUUAGUGAGGGGGUGUGCUGCUCAUUUUCCACAGGGCCAUAGCAAAAAGGGGCUCAAAAACUGUUUCGUUGAGUUGACCCGUGGGGCUGUACGGGAGCCACGAUGGUUUGUUUACCGGGAUUAUCCGUGUACCCACGGGAUCGCAAAUGAAGAGUUGGGGUGUAGCACUUAA